AUGUCAGACAAGAAGUCAAUUCAGGACCUUCUCAAUAUGCUCGCCGUUGGCGAGACAUUGUCCGCUUCACAAGAGAAGAAAAUGAAGGACCAUCUUUUUUGGAAUAGUCAACCAGUCCCAAAAUUGGAUGAACCUAUUGAAAAAGAAGGUCCAAUUGAUGCACCAAAGACUCCAGCAGACGUUUCAGACAAGCCAUUACCAUUGCUUGCAGAUUUUGAAUGGAGCACUGUUGAUAUUGACGAUGAUAAACAGAUUAAUGAGCUUUACGAUUUGUUGUAUGAGAAUUAUGUCGAAGACACGGAUGCCACUUUUAGAUUCAAAUAUACUCGUGAUUUCUUUAAGUGGGCAUUGAAACCUCCAGGUUGGAAGAAGGAGUGGUAUGCUGGGGUCAGAGUAAAGACGAGCAACAGGUUGAUUGCUUUCAUUGCCGCAACUCCGGUCACUAUCAAAUUGAACAAAUCAAACAAGUCUAUGGAUGGUGUCGAGAUAAAUUUCUUGUGUAUACACAAGAAGUUGAGAAAUAAAAGGCUUGCACCGAUCUUGAUCAAGGAGAUAACCAGAAGAGUGAAUAAGGAAAACAUUUGGCAAGCUUUGUACACAGGUGGUGCUAUUUUGCCCACUCCACUUGCCACUUGUCGUUAUCAACACCGCCCUCUUAACUGGCCAAAAUUGCACGACGUUGGUUUCAGUCACUUGCCAGCAGAUAAAACAAAGGCUAGUAUGAUUUCUCACUACGCAUUACCCAAUGCUACUAAAUUGCCAGGUUUAAGGAAGAUGACGGAAGCAGAUGUACCUAGUACUUUGAAGUUAUUGAAUGAGUACCAAGAAAGAUUUGACAUUGUACAGGAUUUUACCGAAGAGGAGUUCAAACAUUGGAUGUUGGGCGAGGAGAGUGUUAUCAAAUCCUAUGUAGUGGAGAAGGAGGGUAAAAUAACUGAUUUCUUCUCAUAUUACCUCCUUCCAUUCACUGUUUUGGAAAAUAAAUUACAUGAUGAAUUGGGUGUUGCUUACUUGUUUUACUAUGCUACAGAUGCUAACGAUGACUAUAAAACUAGGUUAACAGACUUGAUGAACGAUGCGUUGAUCACAGCCAAGCUGUUUAGUGCCGAUGUCUUCAAUUGUCUCACUUGUCAAGACAAUACCUACUUUUUGAAACCUUGUAAGUUCGGUAGUGGUGAUGGCUUCUUGAACUACUAUUUGUUUAAUUAUAGAACUUUCCCAAUGAAUGGUGGCAUUGACAAGGAGACCAAACAGGUUGUGGAGAACCAAACAAGUGGUAUAGGGGUAAUUCUUUUGUAG